UCUCAUGGUAGGCCUAUGCGUCAGUUGCCAAAAAGUGGGGACAUUUCCUGACACAUUUGCAACACAGAGAAGUCGUCUUAAGGGAGACUGGACUCCAUUCUGUGCACCAGGCCAGGACGUGAAGACCUGGGGGACACUAGGUCAGCCCUGCUGGGGAGACACCUCUGCCCAUCCUCUCCCAUUCCCCUGGCCACUCUCUUGGCCGCCUGGUUUGCCCCUGACCAUGUCCCUGGCUGAGGCCAUCAGCCUCUGGAACACAGGGGUGCUGGCAGCCGACAAGAAGGACUGGAAGGGUGCCCUGGAUGCCUUCAGCGCUGUCCAGGACCCCCACUCCCGAAUCUGCUUCAACGUGGGCUGCAUGCACACCAUCCUGGGGAACAUGGCGGAGGCGGAGAAGGCCUUCACCAAAAGCAUUAGCCGAGACAAGCACUUGGCGGUGGCUUACUUCCAGCGAGGGAUGCUCUACCACCAGAUCGCGAAAUACGAUUCAGCUAUUAAAGACCUUAAAGAGGCCUUGACUCAGCUCCGAGGGAACCAGCUGAUAGACUACAAGAUCCUGGGGCUCCAGUUCAAACUGUUUGCCUGCGAGGUGCUGUAUAACAUCGCGUUAAUGUACGCCAAGAAGGAGGAGUGGAAAAAGGCUGAAGAGCAGUUAGCACUGGCUACGAGCAUGAAGUCGGAGCCCAGACACUCCAGAAUCGACAAGGCCAUGGAGUGCAUCUGGAAACAGAAGCUGUACGAGCCCGUGGUGAUCCCUGUGGGCAGGCUGUUUCGACCAAACGAGAGACAAGUGGCUCAACUGGUCAAGAAGGAUUACCUGGGCAAGGCCACGGUUGUGGCGUCUGUGGUGGAUCAAGAUAACUUCUCCGGGUUCGCCCCUCUGCAGCCACAGGUAGCCGAGCCUCCGCCCAGACCCAAAACCCCGGAGAUCUUCAGGGCGCUGGAAGGGGAGGCCCAUCGGGUGCUGUUUGGGUUUGUGCCCGAGACAUCAGAGGAGCUCCAGGUCAUGCCUGGAAACAUUGUCUUUGUCUUGAAGAAGGGCAGUGACAACUGGGCCACAGUCAUGUUCAACGGGCAGAAGGGGCUUGUUCCCUGCAACUACCUUGAACCAGUGGAACUGCGGAUCCACCCGCAGCAGCAGCCCCAGGAGGAGAUGUCCCCGGAGUCUGACAUUCCGGCGCCUCCUAGUUCCAGUGCCCCUGGAAGACCCCAGCUGUCACCAGGUCAGAAACAAAAAGAAGAGCUCAGGGAAGUCAAGCUCAGCGUGCCCAUGCCCUACACACUCAAGGUGCACUACAAGUACACGGUGGUCAUGGAGACGCAGCUCGGGCUCCCGUACAGCCAGGUCCGGAACCUGGUAUCUACGAAACUGGAGCUUCGGCCGGAGCACACUCAGCUGAGCUACCGGCCUCGGGACAGCAAUGAGCUGGUGCCCCUUUCAGAGGAGACCAUGAAGGAUGCCUGGGGCCAGGUGAAAAACUACUGCCUGACUCUGUGGUGCGAGAACACAGUGGGUGACCAAGGCUUUCCAGAUGAACCUGAGGAAAGGGAAAAAUCUGACGCCAAACACCAUACAGAGCCACAGCUGAAGGAAGGGAGCCGAGUGGUGGCACUCUUCAGUUAUGAGGCUACCCAGCCAGAGGACCUGGACUUUCUGGAAGGGGAUGUAAUUCUGGUGCUAUCGAAGGUGAAUGAAGAGUGGCUGGAAGGGGAGUGCAAAGGGAAAGUCGGCAUCUUCCCCAAAGCGUUUGUGGAAGAAUAUAUAACCACGGAUUUGGAACGCACUCCCAGAGGAGUCUAGGAUAUCCUACAACCCACAAAGUUCAAGGAAAGGAACCCUUAUUGUUUGCAUGAUUUUGCAUGCUUCUGCUGUAUGCUGUACCAAGACGUUACAAUUUGGAAGUGUUAGCUAACCUAACCCUCCCAUUAAAAUGGAACCAACUGGACAAUGCUCUGCUGAUUUCUGGGCUAGAGGGGCAUAAAGUGAUGGAAAAAGUGAAUGGAAGUAUCUGGAAGAGGCACGAGGGGAUCUUCCAAGGAGCCGAUAAUCUUGUGUCUUGCUCUGAAUGCUGGCUACUCAGGUGUGUGCACUUUGUGAGAAAUUCACUAAGUUGAAAAUACUUAAGACUGGUGCACUUCUGUACGUGCGAUACCUCAAUAAAGAAUGUACCUCACAAAACCAAAGGGACAUCCAGUCUGAGCCCAA